GAGAAGGAAACGAAGGGCAUUGAUUUAUCGUCUUGUCGUCUUCGAACUCCACCAAAAACACAAGCAGGUGCCUACUCCCCCUACACCCAACCCUCCAUCGUACUGACCCCAGAGCCCAAAUCUACACAAUCGAAGCGAUAGCUAUGAAGCGUGCACUCGCCGCUAUGGAAAGUGCUGGGGAAGACAAGAAGAUGAAGAAGAUUAGAGUUGAGGAAGAAGAAGAAGAAGAAGAAGGGGAAAUUGGAAGUGGGUUUCUGAAUCUGGAUGAAAAUCUGCUGUACGAGGUGUUUAAUCACGUUGACGCGAGGACGCUGGGGGCGGCGUCAUGUGUGAGCAAGCUUUGGCACCGGACGGCGCAGGACGAGCGUCUCUGGGAGCUGAUCUGCACCAGGCACUGGGCUAACAUCGGCUGCGCCAAUCAGCAGCUCCGAUCCGUGGUCCUCGCUCUCGGGGGAUUCCGUCGCCUCCACUCCCUUUACAUCUGGCCUCUCUCCAAGCCCCAAUCGUCAGCCGGCUCGUCUUCUUCCUCUUCAUCGGCUUCACCGUCGUCUUGGGCUUCUUUCCCGUCGAUGAUAGGAUCGAAGCCGCCAACUCGUUGGGGAAAAGAUGAGGUCAAUCUCUCGCUGUCACUCCUCUCCAUUCGCUACUACGAGAAGAUGAAUUUCAAGAAUGGAGGCAGAUGAUUUCAACUAUCCAUUAAUAUUUCCGAUUUCACUGUCCCUUUUCUUGGUUAAUUCUCAGCAUUUUGAUUUCUUUCCAUCGUCUGGAUUUACGAGGAUAUAUUUCUUUAGAUCUGUAUGCUUGCUACGUUUCAUAAUUUCCUUGUUGUCUUUUAAGCCUGUGUAUAAAUGGAAAUGGAAUCGUUAAAUCCGUGCAUAAAAAUGUAAUAACUAGGAUUACCCUGUUAUUUUU